AUGACCAUCUCAUUCGAACCAGGAACAGUCUUCCCUCCCACAGGCGACAUCCCAACGGCUUCUUCACCCACUACCACUCCACUCCACGCCAAGACUGCCCUUAUCCACUCCUCCUUCCUCUCUUCCCUCACCGACCACAACAUCUACCUAAAACUUGAUUGCGACCAACCCUCGGGCUCAUUCAAGAUCCGUGGAAUUGGAAAAAUCUGCCAAUCUGCCGUUGCUCAAUACGGUACAUCCAAUACUCGCCUUGUAACUUCUUCCGGGGGCAAUGCUGGGUUAGCCGUCGCAUACGCUGCUUCUCGUGCUGGGGUACAAAGUACUAUCUUUGUUCCGAGUAGUACUGAACCAGAUGUAGUGGAGAAAUUGAGAGGGAUGGGAGCAGAGGUUGUUGUGGGCGGGGAUUCAUGGGAUCAAGCUGACAAUGGAGCUAGAGGGCUAGCGGAGAAGUUGAAAGGGAAAGGUGGAGUUUAUGUUCAUCCUUUUAUCGGAAACGAGCUGGUCGAAGGUCAUAGUGGAUUGGUGGAUGAGAUUUACGAUCAGUUCGCAGAGCAAGGUUGGGAGGGGGAAGUUGAUGCGAUUAUCUGUUCGACCGGCGGGGGAGGUUUGCUCCGUGGGAUCAUCAAGGGCGUCAAUAGGCAGAAAGGGACAAAACCUACUUUGGUUGCGGUGCAGAACUUUGGAGUAAACAGCUUCAAUCUUUCCCUCGAUGCAUCCCCCUCGGAACCUGGGGCGGAACUACCUAAAGAUGUAGUGGCGCUAGAGAGGAUUGCGAGUAAGUGUACAAGUAUGGGCACUAAGAAAUGCUCUCUUGCCACCGUACACGAUGCGAUCCACUACAACAGCAAUGCUGGCGCGGGAGGAGUAACGACGCUUACGGUGGCAGAUGAACUCAGUGCAAGCGCUUGUUGGCAGUUUAGCGAGAGUCAAGAUGCAAAUGGAAGAAUGGUCGAAUUGUCUUGCGCUUCUGCUCUUACACCCGUUUUUCAUCCUUGGAUUCUGAAACAAUUGGUGGAGAGAUCGAAAGGGCUAAAAGGGAAGAAGGAGAGGAAGUUGAACAUCGUAGUGGAAGUCUGCGGAGGUAGUAAAGUCAACAAGGGCCUGUUGGAGGGGUACAAGAGGGAUGCUGGGAAGAUGGAGAACGGCGAUAGGAUUAGGGUGAAUGGUGUUGACAUUGCCCCGUCCUCAGCAAACAGCGCAUCGUCAUGA